GUUUUUUUCUGGCCGCGCGCAAACUGGGGAAGAAGACGCGGCCAGGAGAAAACAAGAUGGCGGUCAGCUAAAGAACACCAGAUAGAAGAUAUCUCUCCAUGAUCUUAAGUGUAUGAUUUGUCAAGACUGAAUUAAAUUAUGGGUGAUACAAGAAUACACCAAAUCUCUAGUUUAAUAAAGGAAGAACCUCAGACCACUGAUACACAACAAACUUUUAUCUACCAACCAAAACAAGAAUAUUUUGAUUUGAGUAGCAUUGUAAAUAAAGUAACACAUAAACUACAAAACAAACCACAUAAAUGUGAUGAAUGUGGGAAAAACUUUGGUCGGUCUGAACACCUGAAAAAACACCUGUUAGUUCACUCAGGGCGGAAACCAUACAAAUGUGAUGAAUGUGGGAAGUGCUUUGGUCGAUCUGGAACCCUGAAAAUACACCUAUUGAUUCACAAAGGACAGAAACCACACAAAUGUGAUGAAUGUGGCAAGUGCUUUACACGAUCUGGAGACCUUAAAGGACAUCUAAGAACUCACUCUGGACAGAAACCACACAAAUGUGAUGAAUGUGGAAAGUGCUUUGGUCGAUCUGGAAACCUUAAAACACACCUAUUGAUUCACACAGGACAGAAACCGUACAAAUGUGAUGAAUGUGGAAAGUGCUUUAAACAAUUUGCAAGCCUGAAAAUACACCUAUUGAUUCACUCAGGACAGAAACCACACAAAUGUGAUGAAUGUGGCGAGUGCUUUACUCGAUCCGGAGACCUUACAAGACACCUUAUGUCUCACUCAGGACAGAAGCCACACCAAUGUGAUCAAUGUGACAAGUGUUUUACUCUAUUAGGAGACCUUAAAAGACACCUUAUGACUCACUCAGGACAGAAACCAUACAAAUGUGAUGAAUGUGGGAAGUCCUUUCGUCGAUCUGGACACCUGAAAACACACCUAUUGAUUCACUCAGGACAGAAACCACACCAAUGUGAUCAAUGUGGCAAGUGCUUUUCUCAAUCGGGAUACCUGAAAACACACUUAAUAACUCACUCAGGACAGAAACCACACCAAUGUAAUCAAUGUGGCAAGUGUUUUGGUCAUUUUGGAUAUCUUAAAAAACACCUAUUGACUCACUCAGAACAGACACCAUACAGAUGUGAUGAAUGUGGAAAGUGCUUUCGCCAAUCUAGAUACCUAAAAAGACACCUUAUUACUCACUCAGUACAGAAACCGCACAAAUGUGAUGAAUGUGGCAAGUGCUUUAGUCAAUCUGGACACCUUAAAAGACACAAGUUGAUUCACAUGAGACAGAAUCCACACAAAUGUGAUGAAUGUGGCAAGUGUUUUACUCUAUUUGGCGACCUUAAAAGACACCUUAUGACUCACUCUGGACAAAACCAUACAAAUGUGAUGAAUGUGGAAAGUCCUUUGGUCGAUCUGGACACCUGAAAACACACCUAUUGAUUCACUCAGGACAGAAACCACACCAAAGGUAAUCAAUGUGGCAAGUGUUUUGGUCAUUUUGGAUAUCUUAAAAAACACCUAUUGACUCACUCAGGACAGAAACCAUACAGAUGUGGUAAAUGUGGAAAGUGCUUUUGUCAAUCUAGAUACCUAAAAAGACACCUUAUUACUCACUCAGUACAGAAACCGCACAAAUGUGAUGAAUGUGGCAAGUGCUUUAGUCAAUCUGGACACCUUAAAAGACACAAGUUGAUUCACAUGAGACAGAAUCCACACAAAUGUGAUGAAUGUGGCAAGUGUUUUACUCUAUUUGGCGACCUUAAAAGACACCUUAUGACUCACUCUGGACAAAACCAUACAAAUGUGAUGAUAGUGGAAAGUCCUUUGGUCGAUCUGGACACCUGAAAACACACCUAUUGAUUCACUCAGGACAGAAACCACACCAAUGUAAUCAAUGUGGCAAGUGUUUUACUCUAUUUGGUGACCUUAAAAGACACCUUAUGACUCACUCUGGACAAAACCAUACAAAUGUGAUGAAUGUCGAUCUGGAAACCUAUUGAUUCACUCAGGACAGACACACCUAUUGAUUCACUCGGGUCAGAAACCAAAUGUGAUGAAUGUGUUUUACUUAUUUCAAGACAUAAAAAUGCACCUUAUGACUAACUCAGGAUAGAAAACAUACAAUUAUCUUCAGUGUAAGUGCUUCUCUGCGUAAGCGAAAAAAAAACACAGGUCUCACUCAGGAGAAAAAAUACACAAAUGUGAUGAAUGUGAAACCAGCUUUUGGGAUGGAACCAUGUGAAAAAGCACCUGACUCACUGAGGAUAAAGACCACCAAAUGAUGAAUAUGGCAAAUGCUUUGCUCCAUAUUCGAUUAAAACUUAAUUGUAUGCUCAGGAAACCUGUUAGCUCUGGAAAAGACUGAUCUCAUAAAGACUGAUUUUGCAGCAUAACAAGGUUAUGUGGUGUUGUGUAUAGAAUAUGCAAUAUUAUUAUUUUGAUUAACUGAAAUUAAGUAUAUAAUAAGCAUUUGAAUGAUUUAUUGUGCCAAAAAUGUAUCUUUGGAAGAGUUAGUAACAUGAUUAUUUAUUGCCUUAUGUGAUAACAUAUCAUGCAAACUAGUAACACUUUUUCUUUUUGAAAAUAACGUUUAUAUUUGUGAUAUAAAAUAGAUAUUUCUAAUAUUCUGUUCAGAUUAAUUUGAAAAAGAGCAAAGAAAAUAGCCCAGGAAUGAAUAAUGUUGACUUUAUAGAAUGCGGCAACACGAUCCUUCAUGCUCAGAUGCCCAGACUGAAAUUAAGUAUAUAAUAAGCAUUUGAAUGAUUUAUUGUGCCAAAAAUGUAUCUUUGGAAGAGUUAGUAACAUGAUUAUUUAUUGCCUUAUGUGAUAACAUAUCAUGCAAACUAGUAACACUUUUUCUUUUUGAAAAUAACGUUUAUAUUUGUAAUAUAAAAUAGAUAUUUCUAAUAUUCUGUUCAGAUUAAUUUGAAAAAGAGCAUAGAAAAUAGCCCAGGAAUGAAUAAUGUUGACUUUAUAGAAUGCGGCAACACAAUACUUCAUGCUCAGAUGCCCAGCAGUCUUUGCGGGCCCUGCAAAAGGUUUCUAUCGCAGAAGAACUGACUUUCAUGUUCGUGACGGACAAAAGAUGGCACUUGCUAUCAAGUGCAACCUACACGUUUGUAGCCUCAUAACGGGUCAAUAACUGGGCUAAAUUACGGUAAACUCUGUUUUAAAAACCCGUAGAAUGGAGUGGUUUUAAUAAACCCGUAAAACAAUAUGUAACAGGACAAGACACAUUUUUCGUGGGUAUGUGAAUUUUUUUUUGUGAAUUUAUGUUCAAUAACCUCGCAAAACGAUUUUGUUUUUUAAUGGCAAAGAUCUUAGGUCCCUAUUUGUUCUGUUUAGGUGAGUUUCUCCUAGAGUCUACUAAGCUGUGUGGCAAAACUUCAGCUUACUAGCUAGUUUAGUUAGAGGCUACUGAUACAUACAAAGGUUUUACGUGUUGCUAGGAGAUUAAUGACAACCACUGGUACUAGUCAAUACUACUCAGGUUUCUGAUGAAGGAAGACUGCUGUUGAUAUGACUUCCUCUGUUAGGAGACUGAUGUUGAUAUGACUUCCUCUGUUAGGAGACUGAUGUUGAUAUGACUCCCUCUGUUAGGAGACUGAUGUUGAUAUGACUUCCUCUGUUAGGAGACUGAUGUUGCUAUGACUCCCUCUUUUAGGAGACUGAUGUUGCUAUGACUCCCUCUGUUAGGAGACUGAUGUUGCUAUGACUCCCUCUGUUAGAAGACUGAUGUUGCUAUGACUCCCUCUGUUAGGAGACUGAUGUUGCUAUGACUACCUCUGUUAAGAGACUGAUGUUGCUAUGACUCCAUUUGUUAGGAGACUGGUGUUGCUAUGACUCCCUCUGUUAGGAGAUUGAUGUUGCUAUGACUCCCUCUGUUAGGAGACUGAUGUUGCUAUGACUCCCUCUGUUAGGAGAUUGAUGUUGCUAUGACUCCCUUUGUUAGGAGACUGAUGUUGCUAUGACUCCCUCUGUUAAAAGACUGAUGUUGCUAUGACUUUCUAUAAUAAUAAUAAUAAUAAUAAUAAUAAUAGAUUAUUACGACACUCUCGCAGACAAAAGUCUGAAUUACAGUGAAGGGUCAUGCACGCCACUACUUUACGCAAUAUUACUGAAAUCGCACACUAACAAAAUUAUUAAACCUGUCUGUAUUUCCUUGAAACCUAUCGGUACGCAUGUAGCCAGACCGGAGUGAGUAGCUAUGGUUGACUUCUGUAGCUUUAGGAAUGAUAUAGUUUAGAGGAGGCGAUAUCUUCGCUUUGGUGACAAAACUCUCACAGAGGCUAUUACAGCGAGCAGAUAAGGACAUGAGCCCUGCAUUGGUAAGAGCCGUGCAAUAAUCAGUCACGGCGAGCAGAUAAGGACAUGAGCCCUGCAUUGGUAAGAGCCGUGCAAUAAUCAGUCUGCGGGAAAAUCUAUUAGAAGACUGUUGUUUCUACGAGUCCCUCUGUUAGGUAAAGACGACUACUACGAAAAGGCCAUGCUUGCUUGAGGAUCCAGCGCUUUCUUUCUUCAACCGUUAAAGUCAUACCGGGAAAAGCUCCAUUAAUGUAGAACGCAUAUGGACUAAAAUAGAAAAAAAUUCUGCUAUCUGAGCCUCAACAUGUUAUUAUCAUGUUCUUAACAUUUGGCAUACCUCUCAACACUCCCGCAUUAGCAGGAGUCUCAAGAUUUUGGACCCCUUCUCCCGCUCUCCCGCGUUGAGCACCAAAUCUCCCGCUUUUUAGCGAUUUUUAUCGCCCCGGGAAAUUUAUUCUAUAAAAAAAUCGUCAUUUUGCCUAUUUUCUAUUAAACUAGAGCCUGCGUGCAGGCUCGGCUGACAAGAAACAAAAACAAACAGCGGAGGGCGGAGGAGGGUCUAGGAACGAUGAAGACUAGCCUCCUUUGCAGCUUGCAGGCGCUCUCUGUGUCGAACCCAGAUCCUCCAUGACCAACACAAAGAGCGGCUGCAAAGGAGGCUAGAUGAAGAUAGACCCCCUAUGCCUCGGCAAUUUGUUGGGGUUCCUGUGUUCUGACGUGUGACGUAAUGAUAAACUGCCAAACCGGCGGAAACUGGCGGCCAUUUUGAACCAGCCAAAAAUGUUAUGGGUACUUUUGCCGAGAAUAAAACAAAGGUAAACGGA